AUGGCGGACGCCGGGAAAGAUCCUAUCAAUGAUGAGGCGAAGAGGGAUGCUGCUGCGAGUAUAGCUAAGGCUUUCCAAGAUGUUCAGGCCGGCGAGGAAGCAGCGAGACAGGCGGAGGAGAGGUUAAGCAGGUUAGAAGCCAAGAUUGAGGAACUGCUUGCUAGUGCUGAGGCGGGGAUUGAAGGGAAGGAGGGGUUGGGAGAGGAGAUGGGGAGGGUGGUGGAAGAGUUGAGGGGGUUGGAGGGGGGGAAGGAGGAGAAAUCGUGAUGUCUGGGAUGGAAGGGGGAUUAUUGGUUAUGGGGAUUGCAGUGUGGAUGGGGGGAAUAAGAAGUCAUCAACAACUUCUCUGAGGAUAUCACAUUCAUGGAAAUAACGACUGAGAGAUGUAGACAUUCGCUGGGAUAGUAAGGUGGUCUGACUAGGAGAGACUCUACGCAGGAGUUUCUCCUGCUCUGACUACUAUAGUAUUCUAGCGAACGCCUGCGUCUGUCUCGCGCACAACUGGGAUGGUAGUCGCUGAAAAAGGUUCUAUAGCGCUGCCCUAAUCUUAGCUCUGAAGCCGAAGAUUGGGAUUGGGAUUGGAAUACCCCUUGACAAACUCUACACCACCACUGCGCCAAUCUAAGCCUGCCAGAUGACAAUCCUUCCAUCCACACCACUCGCUGCACACAUGUAUUAGCCCACAUCCUCCACACACCCAUCAAACGGUCACAACAAAGAAAGGACUCAAACUCACUCGAAAACUUCCUCACCACCCCCCCUUCCCCUUCAUAG